CGAAAGGAAAUUCAAAACAUUUGACCCCCUAAAACUUAUAAUUAGUUUCAAUUUCACCCUUGGUAUCGGUUGUUCACUUUCUUCUAAUCACAAAUUCAGACAAAGACCAUCUCAACUCUCAAACUACCUAUUUUUCCGUUGCCUCAUCCUUUAAUAACCCUCAAACUUCGCUUCUUGUUCAAUCGUCUCAACCUUUCAUCAGGAAUCAGUCCUUCAUUCCUUCCUUUCUUUUUCCUUUUCUUUUUGGGAGCUUUGUCUUUGUAUAUGCAUUAGUACAAAGAUCUUGAGUGGGUUUUGCGUUUUCUGUUCUCAGUUAUAAUUUUUUGUGGUUAAAUUUUCUUAUAAAUCCACCGUUUGGUUUCUCAAAGAGCCUACUGGAAAAGGAAAUAUUUUCUUUUUUAAGAUUAGUAUGGUGAAAAUCUGAGCUUUUUAAUGACAUGUUUGUUUGUGACAUCUCUUCAUCUGAAUUUUAAAAUACCCAUGUGAGGUUUCUUAAGUCUUUCUUUAUGUAAUUUUUUAGCUUUUAUAGGCUUCCAAGAAUUGACCAUUUCGUGGUUUGAUACCUGUAAAGGAUCCCGUCUUGAUUUGACAAUUUCUUUCUAGCAUCUAUAGACAAAAUCCAAUCUUUCUCUCUUGAUCUAUCACAAAAGAGAAGAAAUGUAUGGAACUCAAAGCAAGAGGGACCUGGCCUUAGAAUUACAAGCACAAGUUCCUUUCUUGAGGCCAAGCAUCCAUGCAAGAAGAGCAAACAUCACCGUCAAAUUUCAAGACCUUUAUGGGUUUACAGUAGAGGGCAAUGUUGAUGAUGUUAAUGUCCUAAAUGAGGUCAGAGAGAAAGUCCGGGAACAAGGCCGGGUUUGGUGGGCCUUAGAGGCUAGCAAAGGGGCAAACUGGUAUUUGCAGCCACAGAUUUCUUCAAUGUCUGAAGGAAUUGCCCUUAAAUCAUCACUAAGGUUGUCAAAUUUUGCUAAUGCUAUUACAUUGAAGAAGCUUAUAAGGAAAGGGAUACCGCCUGUGCUUAGGCCAAAAGUUUGGUUUUCGCUCUCUGGUGCAGCCAAGAAGAAGUCGACGGUACCUGAGAGCUAUUAUAAUGAUUUGACAAAGGCCGUUGAAGGCAAGGUCACUCCUGCUACCAAGCAGAUUGAUCAUGACCUACCAAGAACCUUCCCUGGUCACCCAUGGCUGGAUACUCCUGAGGGUCAUGCUGCUCUUCAACGUGUUCUUGUUGGAUAUUCUUUCCGUGAUUCUGAUGUUGGCUAUUGUCAGGGCCUGAACUAUGUUGCUGCACUUUUGUUACUUGUGAUGAAAACGGAGGAAGAUGCUUUUUGGAUGCUUUCUGUCCUAUUAGAGAAUGUCUUAGUUAAUGAUUGUUAUACAAAUAACUUAUCAGGUUGCCAUGUUGAACAAAGAGUUUUCAAAGAUUUGCUUGUUAAACAAUGUCCAAGGAUUGCCUCUCAUUUAGAAGCAAUGGAGUUUGAUGUAUCCCUUGUUGCCACUGAGUGGUUCUUAUGCCUCUUUUCUAAGAGCUUGCCAUCAGAGACAACUUUACGUGUGUGGGAUGUUCUUUUCUAUGAAGGGGCAAAGGUUCUAUUUCAUGUGGCUUUGGCUGUAUUUAAGAUGAAGGAAGAUGAGUUGCUUCUAACCCAUCAUGUUGGUGAUGUCAUAAACAUUUUGCAAAAAACCACUCAUCAUCUCUUUGAUCCUGAUGAAUUAUUGACGGUUGCAUUUGAUAAGAUUGGGUCAAUGACAACCAACACCAUAUCAAAGCAAAGGAAAAAGCAGGAACCGGCAGUGAUGGCAGAACUUGAUCAAAGAUUGAGACGACUGAAUUCGCUGAAAGUGGAUAACAAAUAAACAUUAGCCUUGAAAGUUUGAUGAAAACUGAGACCUUCCAAGAAGGGGCCUGUUACCCAUCUGGGGGAGAACAAUGUUAAAAUGAAUGUAUUGUUUUUUGUUCUUUUUCAGAUGUGCAAAUCGGGAAAGACCCCAUGUGAAGAGACUUGCCUAGUCUGUUCCAGGAUGGUGUAGGUCGUAAAUGUAAAUUAUGAAUUGAUACUUUAUCACUAGAGUUCUGGGCAUUUCUGGAUUUUUCGGGCCA